AUGUCGCAUGUCCACUACAAGUUCUUCUCCAAGCUGAACUAUGAUAUGGUCACCUUCGAUGGCCUCCACAUCUCCCUGUGCGACCUCAAGCGCCAGAUCAUGGUCUGUGAAAAGCUGAAGGUGGCCAACAGCGACCUGCAGAUCACCAAUGCCCAGACCAAAGAAGAAUACACGGAUGAUAAUGCCCUGAUUCCUAAGAACUCGUUGGUGAUUGUUAGGAGAAUCCCUGUUGGAGGAGUUAAAGCUACCAGCAAAACACAUGACAUCAGUGAAACUGAGCCAGUGAGUGGAACAUCAAAAGCAGUAUGUAAAAACACAAGCUCACACUUUUUUAUGUGCACUGCACUUAAUUCUAAACAAA